AAUCACAACAGCAACAAGAUUCACCAAAUUUUAAUUUUAAAACAAUAAAUGAAAUAAAAAUACACAAGAAUAAAUACAAAAAGAGAUGCAACCCUCAAGUAUGCUUUUGAAGUCAAAAUACAUCUGGUCCGGUUUCGUCGGUUCAUCGAAGACUUUGAAUAAUUUGAGCCAAGCUUUGUUCGUCCGAUGGUAUACGAAGAAGUCCGGCGAUGAGUGCAGAAGGGGCAUUGUAGAUAUUCCACCAGACGUAGACCCAGACUGUCCACAGCCCUGUGAAAGGAGGAAAAAGAAGAAGGAGGGGAUACUGCAUAAGAUCAAACUGAGGGUCAUUGAAGGCGGCACCAAUUUUGGGACGCCCUUUCGCCGCGUGCAAUGCAAGUCGAAGGUAUGCAAAGAGGAGCAAGUGCCGGAACCGAAGGCGCUGCCACCGCCCAAGAAGAAGGUGCCUCCGAUGCCGGCGCCUCGCCCUGGCGUGCAGGUAUCGGUGCUUGGCGCCGACACCUCCAUCGGCCAGUACGUCGCACUCCUGCUCAAGCAGUGCCCUUGUAUCAAGAAGUUACGCUUAUACGAAGCCAAGGAGACCCGAGGCUCUGAGUGCAGUCGCGACCUGUGCAAGGUGGUGCAGGAUCUGCAGCACAUCGACACCAACUGCCUGGUCCAGGCAUUCAGCUGCGCUUGCUUCGAACUAGAAAGAUGCUUGCAGAACAGUGACAUAGUUCUGAUCCUGGAGAGCGGCUACAUAAACGUGGAUAUGCCGUUCGACAAGCGAUUCUGCUACCAGGCGCCCAUAGUGAAGAAGUACACUGACGCGAUCGCCACCGAGUGCCCGAAGGCCUUCGUGAUCGUGUGUGCCACGCCUAUUGACUGCAUGGUGCCUUUGGUCGCUGAGACUCUAAAGGAGACGGGCUGGUACGACCCUCGAAAGGUGUUAGGAUCGCUCGCAGUGCCCGAGAUGCGCGCAAGCACCCUGGCUGCGCGUGCGCUUUGCCUCGAACCUCGAUACACCAGGGUUCCUUGCGUUGGCGGCACUGAAGGCGAAUCUUUAGUGCCACUGUUCUCCAAAGCGGUAGAGUACUUCGACUUCGCAAAGCAUAACGCUGAGAUGAUGACAGAAGCGGUCCGCAGUGCCCCAACUGCAGUAGCGCGAUCAGACGGCGUGUGCAACCGCGCGGCGGACCUAAGCGAGGCGCAUGCGCUGGCCGGACUCGUCACGAAGGUUGCGUGGGCGCUGCUGUGCAAAGACGUGCCAAGGGUCACGGGUUUCGUUGAAACGGACGCUGGGCAGGUCAUUUCUCCGGCCAGGUGA